AUGAUAGCCUCCAAUCUUCAGAGUUCUCUCAACUUAUCUGCCGAUCCGUGUGAAGACUUCUAUGAGUACUCCUGUGGCGGUUGGAUCCGCAACCAUACUAUCCCACCCGAUAUGCCCGGGUUGUCUCAGUUUGAUGUCACCAGAAAGACAGUUAAAGAUAAUCUUAGAGGAAAACGAGAGACGGGUUUACGAGUACUGAAAGAUUUAGUAAAUGAUUGGCCGAUGAUUAACAACAAUCAAGAAAUUCCCAACUUUUUGUGGUGGAAAGAAGUGGCCAGGCUUAAUAAGGGACAUGGAUUCAGUUUUAUUUUAGACAAUUAUGUCGGUUUGGAUGAUAAAAACACCUCUAUUUACUCUAUUUAUGUAGACGCACCGUCACUGGGUGUGGGUCGGACCCAACUGGUCAAACCUGAUGAUCAAAACAAUAAGCGAAUUCUGGAGGCGUAUAAAGUAUUGAUUGAAGAAUCGGCACAACUAUUAGAUGGAGGCGCCGGCAAACUGAGUGCUAAUAUUAAGGCAGACAUUCAACAUGUGGUGGACUUUGAGUCAGAUUUAGCCAAAAUUAUGGCCGAACCGUCUGCCCGUCGUAUAAAUAAAAUAGAUUUACAAACAUUUGUCAACACAUAUAAUAUACCGCUUCUGGAUAUUGAGAGGCAGGUGUUCGCCAACUAUGCGACUAUCGAUGGCAACACAGGGCUUAUAGUUUAUGACCGAGAUUAUUUUAGACAAUUGGCUGAUCUAUUAAACAGAACCCACGCCAAAGAUGUCAAAAUAAUACAGAAUUACCUGAAGUGGCGAACUGUGCGCUCAUUAGGCACUCACACGUCAAAGGCUUUCAGAGACAUAAGGUUUGCGUUCAACAGAGUGUUGAUAGGAGUGGAGGAACCGCCGGCUCUUUGGGAGGUUUGUGUAAAUCUGGUCAACGAUAGACUCCCUUUCGCUGUCGGAAGGGUUUAUGUGGACAAACACUUCCCCGAAGAGGCCAAACGGGAUAUGGAUGUACUGAUCGAUGCACUCAACAAAGCCUUCACUGAAUUACUCGAUGAGAACGAGUGGAUGGAAAAGGAGACCAAAGAUAAGGCCAAAGAAAAGUUAGUCUUAAAAGACAAUUCAUUCCUCGCGACCAUUACUACCAACGACUUGUGGGCCACUAAGAAGAAGCUAACAAAGUUGAACAAAAGCAACAAGGACAGAUCAACACAUGAUUGGAAUAGGGGUCCGGCGACUGUCAACGCAUUCUUCAAUCCUAAACUCAAUCGCAUCCGUGCUCAUUAUGACAAGUUUGGUAAUCUAUACAAUUGGAGGGAUGGAGUCACUCAACAGAGAUUCAAUGAACGGAUCAAAUGUUUUAUCAAUCAAUACAACGGUUAUAACGACUCCAACGCUGGAAUGAAUAUCAAUGGAAAGACAACUGUUGGCGAGAAUAUUGCAGAUAAUGGAGGCUUAAGACAAGCAUUUAGAGCACUGGAGAACUAUAGCUUCCGUAAGCAGUCAUUGCCGGGAAGUAUGAAGAGCUUCACGAGUGAACAGCUAUUCUUCCUGUCGUUUGCAAACGUUUGGUGUUCAAACAUUAGAGAUAAGGCUUUAAAACGCUGGAUCGAGACCGACCCCCACAUUCCCGACAAAUACCGGGUUUGGGGCACUGUUUCCAACUCCGAGUCAUUCGCCAAAGCAUUCAAUUGUAAGCCAAAGACUAAUAUGAAUCCCGAACCCAAAGACAAAUGCAUUCUCUGGUGA